UCAUCUUCCUGAGUCAAAACAAAUCGCGCCAGGGAUCCCGCUGCACACAGGUGAGCGGUGGCCCGAGUCCCGCACCUCCUCCUCCACCGCCGCCGCCCCGCACCCCUCUUAUACUGCUGGUAUUUGGUUUCGUCCUAGAAUGUCGAAGAGGAAAGUAACGUUUGAAGAUCUGCCUGAAGAGGAGGAGAGAAAGAAGAGACGGUUUCCAGAGACGGUCGGGGGUCCCGGCAGCCGCUUUAAGGGGAAGCAUUCUCUGGACAGCGAUGAGGAGGACGAGGCGGAGGACGAAUCGGGGGAAUCCUCCAAGUAUAACAUGCUGGCCCCGGAGGAUGUGGAAGGGCAGGAGAACGCCACCCUGGAGUCGGAGGGGGGGGUGCAGAUCACGCCCUUCAACCUGAACGAAGAGAUGGAGGAGGGGUAUUUUGACUCUGAGGGGAACUACUUCUUGCGGAAGGAGGACCAAAUCCGAGACCACUGGCUGGAGAACAUUGAUUGGGUCCGUAUUAAGGAGCGGGAGGCUCCGGUCCCCAGUGCGGAUGAGGAGUCGGACUCGGAUGAAGGGCGUGCGCCCAUGGAGAUGAAGAACAUCCUGGAGGAGAUCCUGAAGGUGCUACAGCCAGGGGAGACCGUGGCCAGAGGCAUCCAGCGCCUGGGGGGGAGCGGGUCCCGGAAGAGGGUCCGGACGCAGAGAGUGAAGCCAAGCCGGGAGCAGCCAGAUGUAGCAGAGCCCAGUCCGCGCAGUGCGGAGGACAGAACACGGACUGACCAUGCCUCGGAGGAGGGCAGCACAGAUCCACAGCUGGAGGACGAGAAGAUGGAUCCCCUGGAGCGACUCAUCUCCAUGGCAGAUCAGAUGGUGGCCCUGGGGGUGUAUGAUGUGUACCAGGACUCGUAUGAGAAGCUGGCGUACAAGCUGCGCGCUCUGGCGCCGCCGGCGCCCGCCCUCGACAUGUUUGCAGAUGAGGUGGAAGAGGAGAAGCUGGCGACCAAGGAAGUGGCGCAGACGACGGAUGAGGUUCUGUGGGAAUACAAGUGGGAGAACAAGGAGGGCGCCGAGCUGUACGGCCCGUUCACCAGCGUCCAGAUGCAGGAAUGGGUGGACGACGGAUACUUCCCGGAAGGCGUGUACUGUCGGCGAGUGGACAGCGCCAGUGGGCAGUUCUACAAUUCGCACCGCCUGGACUUUGACUUGUAUGUGUGAUGGCGGCACACGGACACGUCCUGGAACCGCUGCUCGGGGGUCAUACGUGUGCAGUGUCCAGGAGGGUGGUGUCUUGUGUUAUUCUCCCCCCCCCCCCGGCAGGUUCCGGUCUGUAUUCUGCUGUGUGCACCCAACAGCCAGUGAGUGACGCCUGAGGGGGUCAAGACUGAGGGUGCACCCACCGCCGCUCUGUACAGGCAGCAGAGGGCGCUACGCUGUUCCAUUACUAACUGUGAAUACAAUAAAGGUUUAUGAUGCUGGACCUGC